UUUUAAAUCAAUAUGAGUUACACAAUAACUUCGAAAAGGUUACUUGCUGACCUGUUUUCAACUAUCGCAGAAUUGGAGAUAAAGUGUGAAAUUGCAAGACUCAACUUGGGAGGCAACCCCUUUUUCGAACCAUUCAAUGUUUUCACGAUUCUUGACAGAGAAAGGCAUGGCCAACUCAGAGAUGCUGAUAUUUUCCAUUUUUGCUUAGAUAACGGUAUUCCUUGAAAUUAUGGAGAUGCUUCUCUAUUGAUUGCUCAAUAUGAUGAGAAUAGUAAUGGAAAGCUAUCCUUCACAGAGUUCACUCAGUUUGUGCUCCCAGCAACAAAUGAGGCGCUCAGACAGGAGGCUGCAUCUAGAGAUUAUUCUGCAACCAAGGCUAUCAGCCAAAUUCUGCCACCUGAUGUUUGUGCAUUGUUGGCUGACCUUUUGGCAGCAGAGCUCGAGUUCCAAAAAGCUACAGGAAUAAUCAAGCAUGAACUUAAUUCGAGAGUUGACUUCACUACCAAGCAUGCUUUUGGUUGGAUGGACAUUACAAAACCGUUAGGAGGUAUCGAUAGACAUGAUGUGAGGCAAUUUGUCGAUGAUCACAUUAGAUAUUUAAGUGAAGAAGAGCUCGAUGCUGUCAUUAGAAGAUGAGACACAGAUGGAGAUGAAUCUAUUUCUUAUCUAGAAUUUCUUGAAGUUGUCCAAGGUAUUGAACCAAGUGUUCCAGAAACUACUCAAACUAUACACCACCAAAGUUAUAGAGGAGCUUCCCCAUUAAGAGGAACCCAUGUAACUAGAACUUAUCAUUCUCCAUCAAGAAUUGGGGCAAAUCCAAUAGUCACAACAAUAGAGAGAAGUCCAGGAAGGGUCACAACUACUACUAGGAGUCCUGCAAGAGUGACUUCAGUUAGCAGAAGUCCAGGAAGGGUAGAAACUCAUCAUUACUCUCCUACUAGAACGCAUAUUCAUCAUUCUCCUUCAAGAAGUUAUAUCAACCAUUCUCCUUCAAGAACUUGCAUUCGCCAUUCUCCUUCUAGAACUCAUAUUAAUCAUUCUCCAUACAGAGAAGUGAGAACUCGCAUAAGAGAAUCCCCAAGAGCUACUGCUGAAGUGAGAAGAUCCCCAACCAGACAUUCCCCUAUCAGAUAUAAUUUAGGAAGGGAUUCUCCAGUCAAGAAAACUACUACAGUAAUUAACAAUGAUAAUGAGAGACAAAUCAGAACAGAGCAUUACUCAAGAGGCCCAGCAAGAGUUGAGACAAGAUACAAUUAUUCUUCAUCCAAAGUCUCUCCUCCAAAAGUAACUAGAGUCUCUAGUUCUCCAGAAAGAGUGACUAGAGUGACCAGUUCUCCAGGAAGAGUUCAAGUAGAGACUACCAACCGUUACUCUCCAUCAAGAGUUUAUACUACAGAGACUAGACAUUACUCUCCUUCGAGAGUAAGUAUUCAUGAGACAAGACAUUAUUCUCCAACGAGUAGAUAUAUUGAGGAAAGGAAGUAUUAUUCUCCAUCUAGAGUUCAUGUUCAAGAUACUAUUAGACAUUCUCCAUCAAGAGUCCAUGUCACUAGGGAUUAUCAUAGUCCAACGAGAAGCUCAAGCCCUCUCAAAGGCUUCGAGGAGGAAGAACUAGUGCAGUCAUUUAUUCAACUGAUCAAAGUUGAGGCAAGGCUAGAAUCAGCUAAAGAAGCAUUAGCUCAGAGACCAUAUUUCACAGUUCAUGAUGCUUUCAAGAUUUUUGAUUGCUCAGGAUAUGGAAAAGUUGAGCCUCUUGAUGUCAAAGACGCUUAUGGAAAAUACGGCAUCACUAUUACUUUGGAUGAAGCAAGAUUGAUUGUGUCUAGGUAUGACCAGAACAAAGAUCAGUUGCUAAGAUUCAAAGAAUUUUCAGAAAUUUUCUUCCCUACUGAUAGAAUUUCAGCAGAUGCAUUACAUGAAAGAAAUAUUAGAUUCCCUACAGGGUAUUACCUCGCACCAGAAAUUAUUGACCCUGUCACCAGAGAGGACUUCGUGAGAGUAUUGAACCUUGCUCUUGAAGCAGAGAACUUAGCUGAACAUAUCAGACAAAAGCAUUCUAAAAGACCGCUCUUUAACAGAAGCGAUGCUUUCGAUGCCAUCAACAGAUUCGGAACUCUCACUAUCACUGAACAUGAUUUCCAAGACUUGCUCGCAAGGCACAGAUUCUUCGCCACUGGGAAAGAGCUUGUAUCUCUGAUGGAUAGAUUCGAUAAGUCAAAGAAAGGAUCAGUACUUUUCAGCGAAUUUAUUGAUGAGAUAACUCCUCAUUCUCCAGUCAAGUACUAAUCAAUACUUAAGAAUUAUU